CGGUGCGUGGUAUUUGUCGGUAGUGUUUGUACGUUUGAAAAUAACGAAAUAGUGUUACGUUUCCGGAGGGAUCGGCGCGACGCGAAGAAACAUUCCUGAAACGACUCUAUUUGAGAAAGCUAUCCGACAGGACCGCGGAGUAAGGUUAGGCGCCGCGAGGAUGUCAGCUGAGGAACAGCCGGAGUUUCGACUGGGACCAGAUCCUAAUGUCACGUAUCCUAUUCGGGUUCAAUAUUGCGGAAACUGUUCGCUACCCAUCGAGUACUGUGAAUACUACCCGGAGUAUGACAAAUGCAAGCAAUGGCUGGAGAGAAAUCUGCCUACCGAAUUUGAAAAGAUGAAAUUAGCUACAGAGGAUGGCACCACUGAGGUCAGCACAGGAGAGGAUGAGAAGAAGCGACAAAAGCGAGGUGGCAAGGGUAUGCUAAAGACCAAGAAGAAGGAGGACAUACCACGGUUGGUAACCAUCUCCAGAGCACCUAGAGGAAAGAAGAAAUCCGUCACCGUUGUAACUGGUCUCAGCACUUUCGAUAUUGACUUGAAGGUAGCAGCGAAAUUUUUUGGCAGUAAGUUUGCCUGCGGGUCCAGCGUGACCGGAGAUGACGAGAUCGUGAUACAGGGAGAUGUGAAAGAUGAUCUGUUCGAAGUGAUACCUGAGAAAUGGCCACAAAUUGAUGAGGACUCUAUAGAUGAUCUUGGAGAUCAAAAGAGAUAAUAAGUCUAUUCUAUUAUGCAAGCACAAUAAUUUAAUUAUAUACUAUAUUUCCAGUCGUGUUUAUUAUAUAAAAUAAAAUGUACAUACAAAAAAAUA